AUGCGUCGUGUAAAGAAAUCCCGCAACGGCUGUGCCCGAUGCAAGAGCAAACGGGUCAAAUGCGGGGAAGAGAAACCGCACUGUAAUCGAUGUACUCGCCUGGGCGUGAAAUGUCCCGGCUACGUCCAGAAUCUGCGCUGGGUGACGAAAUAUACCCCGGGCCCAACUGGCGAGGACGAGAGCAUCUCCCAGCAGGACAAACAGGACGAGGCCUCGUCGCGAUCCGACCAGUCUCCCAGCCUCAGAUCGCUGGGUCUCGCCGAUAUCCUGACCGAUUCCCCGCUUCUGGUGGAUGGCGGUGAUGUCAGUCUCAAUGCCGGCAGCACCCCGACGCCGCAAGGGCUCGAAGUAGACGAGACAAAUGCCCUCCGCGACAAUCUCUGGGACUUGCAACAAUCGAACUCACUUCCUGAACUGACAGAUCUGUGUCCUCCGUCGCCGAACUCGACGUCGACGGUGCCGGGAGCUCAGCAGGGUAGCUCGCUGUUCGAUUUCGAAUUCGUCAACCUGACCGACAAUCCGCUGGACUUGUUUUCUUUGGCCGCACCGGCACUCCAGAAUCAAGUGCACAGCUUUCCGGGCUUCGACCCUUCUGCUAUCGUCCGCAAGUACCCUCCUACGGGACCUAGUGCCCCUCAGCGAGACUUCCUGUCCAUUCCCCAACCCUUGAACAACCCAUCUUGGACGCUCAUCGAGUACUACUUUAAGGAAGUGGCGGCAUUGUUCUCCAGCUAUGACAGUCAGAUGAACCCCUUCCGCAGCACGGUGUCCCGCCUCUGGGGCUCCUCGCUGGCCAUGUGUAAGACGAUGCAGAGCAUGGCCGCCGCCACGCUGGUUCACGACUUUCCCCAGUUCGGUCCCAUGGGCCGCCGGUUGCGCAACGAGGCCGUCGAUAUCAUCACCAAAGACGCCGCCAUGGACGACAAGUCCCUGCUGGCUCUGUUGAUGCUCGGCCAGACCGCCAGCUGGCACGAUCCCAAAGACCUUGGGAUCUCGUUCUUCAACCUGCUGCGGAACCACCUCGACACUAAGCCGUUAAAGGACUCGAGUGCCCACCACGGCAAUAACCACCAGUUCUUCGAAGAAGCCCUGGUCUACUGGGAAAUGCUCCUCUCGUUCGUCGCGGACGACGCCACGGUCCUGUCGGGAAACACGGCCGUGGACACGGGUGAAUCGCUUGUGCUGCAGCGCGUGCCGCAUCCGUGGACGGGCAUUGCGCGCGACACGCAGUUCACCGUGCAAGAAGUCGGACGGCUCGUCCGCUGCGAACGCAAGCGCAUCCGCCUACGGAUCUUCACCUCGCAUGCCGACAUCGCGCAGGCCCAGCUAGCCAUCGACAAGGCCCGAGAGCUCGAAGAACGCCUCCUGGGCCUCGCCCAUCCCGCCGAAACCGAAAUCGUCUGUCCCGGCGACGACGAAACCCCCGUCUGGCACCUCCUCACCAUGGCUGAAGUCUACCGCUGCACGGGGCUCAUGCAGCUCUAUCGAGCCUUUCCCGACCUUCUUCGCCGUCGUUUACCGGCCCAUCGACCCCCGUCUCGACCUUAUCCUACCAACGAACCACCACAUCAGCAACAGCAACAAUCCACGACACCAGCUCCCCAAGACCCCUUCCUCCCCGUCAACAACCCCGAUGUCGACACCGGUCCUGACGGCCCCAUCAACCCCCCCUGGUUCUACGACCCAUCCUACAUCCCCACAGACCCGAACCUCGAGCCCAACCCAAACCCCUCCACCUCCUCCCAACCCACCCCACAAGACACAAGCUACUACGACAACUGGCUCACCGAAUUCGCCCUGACCACGCUCUCCCGCCUCAAGACCAUCCCCCUAGAAUCCCGCACCCGAUGCCUCCAACCCUUCCUCCUCGUCGCCUCGAGCAGCGAACUCCGUCUCUCGCGUCCCCAAUCUGCCUCCGCUUCCUCCCCCUCCUCUGGGACAGCCGAGGAAGAUGACCCCUCCGCGCCCAAUAUCUCCUCGCAUGCCAUCGAGGUCUCCCGGACGCGACGCUUCGUGCUGGGCCGUCUGACUUCCUACUUGCAUGUUCUGCCGCCGAAGCCGAUUGGUGUGUGUCUGCAGUUGGUGCGCGAGGUGUGGAAGCGGAUGGAUGCCGGCGAGACGGGGGUGUAUUGGAUGGACGUGAUGAUUGAGAAGGGGUGGGAGACGACGAUGGGAUGA